AUGAAGGCAGGGGCUCUUGAACCUGGUCAGGCCGCCAUGGGUUCGACUCCACAACCUGGGGUGAACAGAGGGGUGGCUGUACUAGACUUCAUUUUUAGAAUUAUAGCGAUCAUUGCAACCUUAGGAAGUGCAAUCGCCAUGGGAACGACCGAUGAAUCACUUCCAUUUUUCACACAGUUCAUUCGGUUUAGGGCCAAGUACAAUGAUCUUCCAAUGUUCACAUCCCGAGAGAUUAGGAUGAAACAUGUGCUCAUUCCACGAGAAUGCGACAAAAACAAGGCAAUAACAAUUGUUCCUAUUUCCCUCUCACAGCAGGAGGGAAUAGGUGAUCACACUAUAAGAUGGUUGUUCUUGUUACUGUUGGGUGCCAUGGCCCUAUGUCCUUUGAGGGCUAGAGGGGUUGUUCUCUACUAUUCCAUGUUCUUACAGAAUAUGGUUUUUCGUGGUGGCAAAUUCAAUUGUAAGUGCCUAUCUGGUUCUUUCUCUGGCACUGUCCAUCUUCCACAUCAUGAGGAGCGGCGCACGGGGCAGUAG